UGGCCUUUCGACUAGUAACAAGAAGCUACUAGCGCCGCCAUGAGCGAGUCGUUUGGCCACGUGCGGGCGCAGCUGAUAAGUGGCCAAGUAUGUAUGGUGGAAGGAAUUCUGCCGGAGACGACCAUCCUGGAUUUGAAGCAGAAGUUGAAGGCAUGGAAUCCAUCUGAAGAUGAUCUCACCCGACAACUGAGCUCCGUGCAACUGGUUGUUGAUGGCAAGAGGUUCGAGGACGAUGAGAUGGUGGUCGCAGCGAUUUCCCCGACUUCAGAAGUGCAGGUCGUGUUCACCAACCCCGCUGUGGAAUGCGCUAGCCAAAGAUGCUGCUGUUCAUGGGAGCUACUGGACGUUUGUAUCCCAGAAUCUGUAGGCAUCAUCGAAGAUCAUGCCUUCAAUGACUGCAGUCUCCUGCUACGCGUGAGCAUCCCCAAGUCAGUGAGACGGAUUGGAGCUUGCGCGUUCGCUGGCUGCAGUUCCUUAGAGAGCUUGGUCAUCCCGGACUCAGUGACUGCCAUUGGCGACCACGCCUUUGAAGGCUGUCGCUCCUUGGGCGAUCUGUCCCUCCCAUCCGUGGUGCAGAUUGGAUCCUUUGCCUUCGAGUCCUGCACCUCUCUCAUCAGCGUGAGCCUGUCCAACUCCUUGGUGAAGAUCGGAUGCCGAGCCUUCAGAGGAUGCAGCUCCUUAAGGAGCCUCACACUCCCCAAUUCUGUGCGCCUGCUGGGGUCCAGUGCCUUCGCUGGCUGCACGUCCUUGACCACAUUGGCCAUCUCCAACUCGGUGACAGAGAUUGACAGCAAUACCUUUGAAGACUGCAGAUCCUUGAUUAGCCUGACCAUCCCUGAUUCUGUAAUGCGGAUUGGGUCGCGUGCCUUUGCCGGCUGCAGUUCUCUGACCACCUUGACCAUUCCCAGUUCCGUGAAAGAGAUUGCAAGCCUGGCCUUUCAAGGAUGCGGCUCUUUGACCAGCUUGACCAUCCAUGCUUCCACACAGAUUGACAAAGAAGCCUUUGGAGGCUGUGAAGUCACAAAUCUACAGCUACUUGAGCCUCUGAAAGAGGAGGCAGAUCGUCCUUUGCACCCCGGAAACUUGCCGCGUUAAGGUGUGAGUUGACAAGGCUCUGUGAUGUGUGAAGAGAUCACCAGGUGACCAACAGUUCGCGUGACCAUUGCCCGAGAACAAAGCAAGUUGGGGCACCAAAAGGCAAUACUUCUGGUUGGAUGUCCCAAACAGGUAACAGCAGUGCAAAGCCAUUGCUUUCCAGUUGUGUGCCAAAAAAGAAC